CCAGGACGGCUUCGGUGCAUCGUGCACCUCGAUUCUCUUCUCUGCUCCCACCCUCAUCUUCAAAACGGCUUCCAGCGGUGGCGGCGUCGGGCGCCGCUCGACCGAGGCUUCGACUCGCGUCCGCACUCCAGCCAUGGACAACUCUGCCAAUCCUCCGAACAUCCACACCAUCGUCAAGGCUCAGAUUGUGUUCCUGCUCUCGACAUUGACUGAGGAGAACUUCGAGAGGAACCAGCAGGAGAUACGCUCCCUGUCCGAGCAACAUGGUGUCGACACGUACUUGCAUUUUAUCCGCCGUCUCAUCGUCCACUCUACCAGCCGACUCACCAACGCCCCCACUCCGACACCCUUCGACAACUCGACUGCCCUCACCUUCCGCCUCCUUGCACAAGAAACCCAACGUCUUUCACGCGACCCAACCCUUGCUGACCGAUUCCGCGAUGGAAUAGAUAAGGGCGAAGGGGAUGUGUUCCGUACAUUCGAUCUGGCGAGGUUUGUAGACCGCAUUGGUUUGCAGCCACUCGAGAAGCUCGUGCUCGCGUCCUCAAUCGUCGCCGGACAGACGCGCAGGGACCUCGCAGUGCAGGCAGCCAAUAUCAUUCGCACGGAUUUCGAGGACGCCGUCAUGGCGAUAUGCCAGCACCCGUCUUUUGACCACGCCGACCUCUCCCCCGGCCAGCUUGCGAGGCUGUUGACGAACUUGCUGUCGGAGCCACCAAUAGACGCCCCAGUUUUGGACGCCGUGCAACGACAGGCUCUCAUAACCGCUGCCAUGGCCAAGUACGGCCAAGAGACCGUUUCCCCCAUGUUGCAGCGUAUUUUCCCCGAGCUCAGUUUGCCGGCCGGCAUUCCUCUUGUGCAGGCGUUGGUGCAAUUGGGUCACGAAAUCACCGCGGAUCCUGCUGUCGUCCGUGCGCUUUUGGUGCGGUUCAAUAUCACAUCCACGAGCCCUCCGCAGAAUGUACAAGUGGUGGAGUGGAUGCAGAGCCUCGCUCGUCUCGCUUCGGAAGGCACAGUGCUUCCAGACGUCGGUUCACUUGUGAAGGCACUCGAUAGCUUCGAUGUCACGCUUGACUGGGCCGGCGUCAUCAAAGGAUUUGACAUGCUGGAUCGCCAGGGCGUCGAUACCGCGACGUUGAAGCUGCUGAUCGCCAUCCUCCAGAACUCACCACGUGAGGCCGACCCGCACGCAGUCACCGGAUUCUGGCAGAACUGGUCGAAUUCUUUAUACCAACUGCGCCUGCUUGACGCGCUCCUGUCCCUGCCGGCAGACACAUUCAACUUUGUCACAUUGCCCGGGCACAGAAUCGUCACAGUGGAUGAUGUCGCGAAUGCCAGUCCUACUAUCAAGUCGCUGGCUGCCAAUGUGCAGGGACAUACUUGGAACUCCCUCGAUUUAUUCGAAGUCCUCGUGAGACUGUCAGACUCCGACUCUGCGGAUGUGCGGAACUUCGUCCGUGAGAUGCUCGACAAAGCUGUCAAAAUCAGCGCAGAGUUGGUGCAUAUGGGUCUCCUACAGGCUCCGAACACCAACUGGGGCGAGAUCCGGGUGGACUACACUCAGCGACUGUUGGCGCUCUUCCUUGCCGGGCAUCCGAACCACCAGCUGGUGUUCAUGAGGAUCUGGCAAAUCGAGCCGACGUACCUCACGAAUGCAUUCCGGGACUUCUAUGAAGAGAGCCCACUCAAUAUCACGAGGAUUCUUGACGUCGCCCAAGACCUCAAGAUUCUGGAUGCACUUCUGGAGGUCCGACCUUUCACUUUUGCCCUCGAUGUGGCUGCCCUCGCCUCCCGCCGAGAAUACCUCAACCUGGACAAGUGGCUCGCCGACAAUGUUACUGCGCAUGGCGCCGACUUCCUCCACGCUGUCAUCGCGUUCCUCGACAUCAAGAUGGAGAGCGAGAAGGCAACGCGCAUCUCGGACCCUGCUGUCGAUCACCGCACAAUGCCCCUCAGCCCGCAAACCAUCACAAUCUUCCUCCGUGUUCUCCGAAACAGCUCCAAUAUCAUGCGCGAAAGCGACGUCGACUACUGCCUCGACGUUCGCAACGCUUGUCUCCAAAUUCACCCCCGCCUCAUGAAUCUUGUGCCAGGGUCCGACGCCGAGCCAGGCAUCUCGGUAGUCAGCUACACCGCGGAGAUCGAGGCCGAGGUCGAUGGAAUCUAUAAGCAAAUGUAUGACGAGCAGAUCAGCAUCGACGAUGUGAUUGCGCUGCUGCAGCGGAACAAGGAGUCGACCAACCCGCGCGACCACGAGAUCUUCUCGUGCAUGCUCCACUUCCUCUUCGACGAGUACAAGUUCUUCCAAUCGUUCUACCCGCCCCGCGAGCUCGCCAUGACUGGCUACCUCUUCGGCUCCCUCAUCCAGUAUCAGCUCGUCGACUACAUUCCACUCGGCAUCGCAAUCCGCUAUGUCGUGGAUGCUCUGAACUGCGCUCCCGAGACGAAUCUGUUCAAGUUCGGUAUCCAGGCACUGUCGAGGUUCGAGUCACGCUUGGCGGAGUGGCAGCCGCUCUGCCAGGCUCUUCUCAAGAUCCCGCAUCUACUCGAGGCGAGGCCAGACUUGGCUGCGGCCAUUCACCGCGCUAUUGCGAACGCCAGCGAGCACUCGAGUAGUAUCGAUCUGCGUCUUGGGACAGGGCCUGCUGUGGAACCUCCGCCUGUCUUCAACGCCAUCCAGCCUGAUCCCUUUGAAGGAGAGCUGGACAGCCCGACGGAAGAGGUAUCCGACAAGAUCCUCUUCAUCGUCAACAACCUCGCGCCCUCGAACUUCGACUCCAAACUGGCAGAGAUGCGGGAGUACUUCAAGGAGCAGUUCUCGUGGUGGUUCGCGAAUUACCUCGUCGACCAACGUGUGAGCACGGAGCCGAACAACCACCAGCUGUACUUGCGCUUUUUGGAUGCGUUGGAUGCGCCGCUGCUCUUCCGCUUCGUUCUCAACGAGACGUUCGUCAAGUCAGCUGCGAUGCUGAAUUCGGAGAAGACGUUGAACUCGAGCUCCGAGAGGGCCAUCUUGAAAAAUGUGGGAAGCUGGCUUGGGAAGAUCACGCUCGCUCGCGACCGCCCAAUCAAGCACAAAAAUCUGUCGUUCAAGGACUUGCUGAUCGAGGGUUACGAGCACGGCAGGCUCGUCGUCGCUAUUCCGUUCGUCUGCAAGACCUUGGAGCCGUGUGCAAACUCGAAAGUGUUCAAGCCGCCCAACCCGUGGUUGAUGGCCGUCAUCAGCCUGCUCGCUGAGCUUUACCACUUCGCCGAGCUAAAGUCAAUCCUGAAGUUCGAGAUCGAGAUUUUGUGCAAGACCUUGGACAUCGACCUCGACACGGUGCAGGCGACUACCAUUCUGCGCAACCGCCCGUUGGCGGAUACCCUCACAGGCAGUGGCUUGCCGAACUACGUCGCUAUGGACUCGCUGCCGAUGGGUGACUACGGUGCUUUACCAGGCAGCGAAUCGCAGAUGACUUUGCUUGGACCGACGAGUCCUUCGGAGUCGCAGCGCGCCCUGGGAGCGCAUAUCGAGAGUAUCUUGUCGAGCCUCCUGCCGCUUGUGCAGAUUAGUCCUCAUCUGCAGCCUCUUAACACCAACCAAUCGUUCAAGCGAGCUGUGCAGAUGGCUGUUGAUCGCUCGGUCCGAGAGAUCAUUAUGCCCGUCGUUGAGCGCUCUGUCACGAUUGCUGGCAUCUCUACCCGAGAGCUCGUGGCAAAGGACUUCGCAACUGAGCCCAAUGAGGAAAGGAUGCGCAAGGCUGGUCACUUGAUGGCGCAGAAACUCGCGGGCAGCUUGGCAUUGGUGACCUGCAAGGAGCCGCUGAAGACGAACCUUACGAGUCACAUCCGCAACUACUUGAACGAAUUCGGCUUCACCGAGCAAGUUGUCCCUGAUCAAGCCAUCAACCUGCUGGUUCAAGACAACCUCGAGUUGGCUUGUCAAGCCAUCGAGAAGGCCGCCAUGGACCGUGCCGUCAUCGACGUCGACGAUGGCUUCGCCGCUGCGUACGAGGCCCGCCGACGUCAUCGCGAACAGCGCCCCGGACAGACCUUCUGGGACCCAACCGCUCCUCAAUCUCAACUCGCCUCUACGCUGCCUGAGCCACUGCGGAUCAAACCGACGGGCGUGCAACCUCUGCAGGCCGGAGUAUACGAGGAUUUCGGGAACAUGGACGGAAUCAUGUCGCAGCUUUUCACCCACAGCUCCCCUGAUUCCGACGUCAAGCGGCGUGGUUUCAGUCGACCGAGCUCGACUGUCUCGUACCUGCGUAAUGACCACAUGUCAGCGGUAUACGCACCAUCGCCUUUGCCAGAGAUCGGGCAAGGCCAGAUCACGCGCCACCAGGACGCGAUGGACCGAUUCAGCCUCCUCGUCAAAGACCUCGAAGCAGUUCUGAUCCAACUGCCUAUCCCGUCCCUCUCCGCUCUGCCGCCUAAUCACGAAAUCCGGGGGCUUGUUCGUCAGAUCCCAGUCCUAGCUGCUGAGACCACCGAUCGUCAGCGUACGCCUCUCUUGAUGUCUCAGAAGAUUGUUCAGUUCCUGUACAAGACGCCGACUCAGCUUGGUCGGGAGAUCUAUGUUGCUCUUCUGGAGCAGCUAUGCACCUCCUUCGAGGAGGUCGCCAAGGAAGCCAUCACCUGGCUCAUCUACGCUGACGACGAACGCAAGUACAAUGUACCCGUCAUGGUUACCUUGCUGCGCAGCGGUCUCGUCCCGAUUGGACAGCAAGAUCAGCAAUUGGCGAAGACUCUGUACACUGACCCUCGCUCGAGCCUGCUCAACUUUGCCGCGGAGCUCAUACGGGAAUGUUUGUCAAGUGAUCCUCCGUUUGCGUCGCAGAUCCAGUUCGCCUACACUCUUGAGGUCCUCAACCAGCUGUCGCAGUCGAACAAGGCCACUGAUGACGUUCAUAGGCUUCUAGAUGACAUUCGUGGUGUGCGUAGGCCAUCCGUCCAACCCAUCGGGGAAGCUCCGGUUGCCCGACCGCCGUCCGUGAAGCCCGAGACCGAACAGCUCAGGGAGAAACUGUUUUCAUGGUUCCAACAAUGGGUGUCGAUCUUCCAGCGGUCUCAUUCGCCCGAGAAAGCCUUCGUACCGUACAUCACGCAGUUGACGAAGCAGAACAUCCUGAAGGCGGAAGACGUCUCGUCUUUCUUCUUCCGCGUCUGCGCCGAGUCGAGCGUGGACAGCUACAUCAAAUGCAUCCAUGCCAGGGAGUUCACCUACUCUUUCCAAGCUCUGGAUGCCAUGUCAAGGCUGAUCGUGUACAUCAUCAAGUACCACGGUGACGCCUCGGGUGUCAACAAUGACCAAGCGAAGGUGCAUUACUUGACGAAGAUUCUCUCAAUCUUCGUGCUUGUGCUGGCCAAUAUGCAUGAAGAACAGGGACCUCUGUUCGAGCAGAAGCCCUUCUUCCGUUUCUUCUGCAGCUUGUUGAACGACUUGCACACGAUCGAGGCUAGCCUUGGGACAGCGUACUUCCAAUUGCUGGUUGCCAUCAGUGACACGUUCAGCUCUCUGCAGCCGACGUACUUCCCGGGCUUCGCCUUCUCUUGGAUGAGCUUGAUCUCUCACCGACUUUUCAUGCCCAAACUCUUGCUGUCAGAGAACCGCGCUGGAUGGUCGGCCUUCUACAAGCUCCUCGUCUCGCUAUUCAAGUUUUUGUCGCCCUUCCUGAAGGCAGCUGAACUGCAGCCAGCCUCCAGGGACCUCUACCGCGGCUCUCUUCGUCUCCUCCUUGUGCUCCUUCACGACUUCCCGGAGUUCCUCAGCGAGUAUUAUUUCUCCCUCUGCGACGUGAUACCCCCGCGAUGCAUUCAGCUACGCAACAUCAUCUUGAGUGCAUUCCCGCCCACCGUCAUGCUGCCCGACCCUCAUCUUCGAAACAUCGAGUUCGAGUCCAUCCCAGAGAUGGGCCCCAUCCCGCCCAUCUUAUCCGACUUUGCUUCGAGUCUCAAGACUGGCGACCUUCGGUUGUACCUCGAUCAGUACCUCCUCAACCGUGGCACAUCAUCCUUCUUGCCUUCCCUCAAGGACCGGCUGCGAAUGCCUGGUGUACCGGAAGGAUCGACAGACACGUACAACUUGUCUCUGAUCAACUCCCUCGUGAUGUACAUCGGGGUGUCGUCGGUUGCUCAGGCUAAAGCGCGCAGUGGUAGUUCGCUCUUCGUGGCCAGUGACCCUGGUGUGGUCGCUUUGCAAUACCUUGCCACUGACUUGGAUGCCGAAGUAGGCCAGCAUCACCUUCUCAGUGCGAUGGUGUUGCACUUGCGCUACCCUAAUGCCCAUACUCACUGGUUCAGUUCGUUGAUGCUCCAUCUCUUCGUGGAGGUCAAGAGCAACCAGUUCAGAGAAAUCAUGACGAAGGUCUUGUUGGAGCGCUUCUUGGUACAUCGCCCGCACCCGUGGGGUGCCCUAGUCACCUUCAUCGAGCUGCUUCGGAACUCGAGGUAUGACUUCUGGAACCAAGAAUUCAUCCGUGUCGCUCCCGAGGUUACGCUACUUCUUGAGACUGUACGUGAUCGACUACUCUUGCACUCAUUCACGAGAAUCGUCUAA